AUGGAUGGCUAUUAUGAUGACGAGGAAGCUAUCAAUGCUGCUUUAGUUGCUUCUUUAAAUGAUUCCAUCAAACCACACUCCAAAUAUUUGGCUAUGGAGAGGGACGUGGUGGAUCUUACUGGUGAUCCAGAGGGCAAUUCUCCCAAUGAUGCCGUAGAGGAUUCAGUAAGCUCGGUUGACGAUCCAGACCUGCGAAGGGCAAUUGCGCUAUCAUUGCAGGAUCAAGCUCUCGUACUAUCACCACCUCAACGUCACCAUGCCAGAGAAGUCCAACGAGAGAAUCACGUUAUAAGCGAAGACAAUAAGGGCUCCAGUCCUUCAUCGAAAGAGCACUCCUCCGGGGCUUUCUCUCUUCGUGGGAUGGAUCGAAAAAAGCAGGAAGAAGAAAGACUUGCGAGGCUGGCAAAGAAGAGAAAAGCGGAGGAUGUCUCUUCGGCAGAUUCACCGGCAAGACAAGCCAAAGCGGUGAAAUCUGCGCCAAUCGACCUGACUGAAGAAUCUAACCAACAGAACCAUGCUAAAGCGGUGAAAUCUGCGCCAAUCGACCUGACUGAAGAAUCUAACCAACAGAACCAUGCUAAAGCGGUGGCGACAGCAUCAAAGCCACUUGCUUCAAAUACACCUGAUCCUUCCUUACAGUUUCCCAACGGUGCCAUAAAGAAGACGUGGGCCUUCAACUAUCCGCGAGAGGACGAUAUCAAAUUUGAAGAGGUAGUCCAGAAAGAUGAUCUUGAACUUGCAGUUCUGAGCUCAUUUCAAUGGAAUAUGGAUUGGCUAUUUACAAAGUUCAAUGUUAAGAAAACUAGAUUUCUUCUCGUUAUGGGACAUAAGUAUGAGGAAGAGAAACAACAAACACAAAAGGACUUCGCAGAUAUCCCCAGUAUUCGCCUGUGCUUUGUGCCGAUGGGUCCACAGGUUAAUUGUAUGCAUUCAAAGCUAAUGCUUCUAUUUCACCCUAACCAUCUACGACUUGUUGUUCCCAGUGCCAACCUGGUGCCGUAUGAUUGGGGAGAGCAAGGUGGUAUUAUAGAAAAUCUUCUAUUCCUCAUAGAUCUCCCUCGAAAAAUUCUGGGCUCCCAGGAGAAGACGUCGACGCCUUUCUUUGAUGAAUUAGUCUACUUUUUAAAGGCAUCAGCCUUACACGAAAAAAUCAUUGCAAAGCUUUCCGAAUUUGAUUUUGGCAAGACGGCAGGUUUUGCGUUCGUCCACACAAUAGGCGGCUCCCAUACGGGGUCAUAUUGGGGCAAAACCGGAGUCUGUGGGCUAGGAAAAGCAGUUACAAUGCUGGGACUCGAAACGCCCCAACCCCUGAAGUUGGAUUAUAUUACAUCGUCUUUGGGCUCAUUGAACGAUCAAUUUAUGCGAAGCAUGUAUCUGGCUGCUCAAGGUGAUAAUGGGCUAAAAGAGCUCACUUUACGCACGUCUAAGACGUUUCCAAGCGAUAAAUGGGGCGUCACCGUAAAAAAGGCGGACGGCGCAGAAUGGAAAGAUAGGUUCCUUAUUUACUUCCCAUCCUUGAAAACGGUGCAGGGGUCCAGGGCCCGUCCAUCAGGCGCUGGCACCAUUUGCUUCCAAUCAAAGUGGUAUAACCGGGCGGAAUUUCCACGCCAUACAUUAAGAGAUAGCUUGAGCCGCCGACAUGGCAUUUUGAUGCAUAGCAAGACAAUCUUUGUGAGGCCAGACAAUGGUAAAAUCAUUGGUGACGCAAAUACAACUGCAUAUCAGGGCUGGACAUACGUCGGAAGUGCGAACUUAUCAGAGAGCGCAUGGGGCCGUCUAGUUAUUGACCGUUCAACCACCAAGCCUAAACUCAAUUGCAGGAAUUGGGAAUGCGGUGUCAUAAUUCCGAUUCGAGAUGGGAAGCCAAGUACAACUGAAGAGGAUGUCAGAGAGAGUAGUGACGAUGAUAUCGAUAGAAUAUUCGGGGGCAUUGUACCGGUUCCGAUGAAAGUCCCUGCACCUAAGUAUGGUCCUGGCAAUGGACCGUGGUUUUAUCUUGAGGAUUUCCAAGUUGAGUAG